UACGUCGUCUACCAUUUCAGAUGUUUGUUUUCUCUGUUUCUCCUCGCAUAAUCGAUUAAGCAGCGUGUAGAGAUCAGAGAUGGCGGCACCAUUCACGUUGAGGAAGAUCGGAGUUCCGCCGAACUCAGCGAACCUGACGGAAGCUCGCCGCCGCGUGUUCGAUUUCUUCAGAGCUGCGUGUAGAUCCAUCCCCACCAUCAUGGACAUUUACAAUCUCCAAGACGUCGUCGCGCCUUCUCAGCUCCGCUUCGCAAUCUCUGCUCAGAUUCGGAACAACGCUCACGUCACCGACCCUAAGGUGAUUGAUCUUCUUCUAUUCAAGGGAAUGGAAGAGCUGACUGACAUAGUUGAUCACGCAAAGCAGCGUCACCACAUCAUCGGUCAGUACGUGGUUGGUGAAGGGCUCGUGCAGAAUACUGGAAGCAAGGAUCAAGGAAAGUCUGAUUUUCUCAAGAAUUUCUACACCAGCAACUACUUUUGAACUGGUGAUUGUUUUCUCUACUUGUUUUGUCAUGCUACCAAUAUCUAUGGUUCCAGUAUUGUAUUUUCAAACCUUAGGAAGAAGUCUUCUUCCUAAAAAUAAUAAUUAGACCUUUUCAUUUGUAUGAAUCCUCUCUAAGCUUAUCUGUGACAGUGUUUGCUCUGCAAAUAGAUACAUAAUCUUCUCUCUU